AACAAAACCCUUCUCUCUCUUUUUCAAACGCCUCUCGCCGUCACGCACCCCGGUACACACAUACACAGUGCACAGAGAGAGAGGAGAGCGCUGAAAUGGUGAAUUACAGGUUUCAUCAGUACCAGGUGGUCGGCAGAGCUUUGCCGUCGGAGACCGAUGAGCAUCCCAAGAUCUACCGCAUGAAACUUUGGGCAACCAAUGAAGUCCGCGCCAAGUCCAAGUUUUGGUACUUUCUGAGGAAGCUUAAGAAGGUUAAGAAGAGCAAUGGCCAGGUUCUUGCUAUCAAUGAGAUCUUUGAGAAGAACCCAACCACAAUUAAGAACUAUGGAAUCUGGUUGAGGUAUCAGAGUAGAACUGGCUAUCACAACAUGUACAAGGAGUACCGUGAUACCACUUUGAAUGGUGCUGUUGAACAGAUGUACACUGAAAUGGCUUCACGUCACAGGGUUCGUUAUCACUGCAUUCAGAUCAUCAAGACAGCCACUGUUCCUGCUAAGCUUUGCAAGAGGGAGAGUACCAAGCAGUUCCAUAACUCCAAAAUCAGGUUCCCCUUAGUGUUCAAGAAGGUCAGGCCACCUAGCCGAAAGCUGAAGACCACAUACAAGGCAUCCAAACCCAACUUGUUUAUGUAACAUGUUUGGUCUUAUUGGAUAUGAGUAAGCCUGUGACUGAUUUCUGCAAUUUUGUUGCUGUAGUUCUAAGUACUUUUAUUUGCUGGACUAGGUCGCUGCAAUGAGUGAGAAAGAUCUUUAUAUUGCUGUGGAUGGUUAAUUAUUUUGGUUUCAAAGGAUAUCAAACGCUAUCAUUCCUUUAAUG